GACACUAAACUAUGACAGAGGACAGGUCAGUACCGGGCUCCUUGGGAAAGGUCCAGGUGGUGAGCGAAGCCGAUCUGGACAAGAUAGCUCCUAGAACCAAUAUUGUAAAACCAUCUUUUUGGACAAGAUGCAAAAGCCACAUGCAAUGUUCCCACGUGACUGCCAGGUCCUUGUUGCUGAAAUACAUUCCUGUCCUGCACUGGCUCCCACGCUAUCCUGCCCGGGAGUGGAUACUGGGAGAUGCUGUAUCUGGAUUUAGUGUUGGCAUAGUCCAGCUGCCUCAAGGUUUGGCGUACGCGCUUCUGGCUGGCCUGCCGCCUGUGUUUGGACUCUACACGUCCUUUUAUCCAGUCUUCAUAUACUUCCUACUUGGGACCUCUCGGCAUAUAUCUGUAGGCACAUUUGCCGUGGUGUGCGUCAUGAUUGGCAGUGUGACAGAAUCAUUGGCGCCCAAUGACAACUUCAUGCGUGGGGAAAACGUGACGUUUAUAGACACGGUCGCCAGGGACGCGUUGAGAGUAGAGUUGGCCAUGGCGUUGGCGUUCCUCGUAGGACUGUUUCAGAUUGCGCUCUGUCUGAUUCAGUUUGGAUUCGUGGUCACGUAUCUCUCAGACCCAUUAGUAAGUGGAUACACCACGGCAUCGGCUGUCCACGUGUUGGUGUCGCAGCUGAAAUACCUAUUUGGCAUCAGAAUGAGCCAGAAGACCCAGCCGCUGUCAUUAAUAUAUACCAUAGUAAAUCUCUUCUCAAGAAUCGCACAGACAAACAUCGGGACCAUUGUCACCAGCCUCGUCGCCAUCGUGGUGCUUUUGCUCAUGAAAUAUUUAAAUGAGAAGUUUGUAGGCAAGCUCUUUAUCCCAAUUCCCAUCGAAUUAAUCAUGCUCAUCGUCUCCACUGGAAUAUCCUAUGGCAUUGGUUCGUAUGAAAUGUUUGGCAUUGAGAACGUCGGGGAGAUUCCUGUAGGCUUAAAGGCUCCAAGGUUGCCCGACUUCAGCCUGUUUGGAGAGAUCGUGGGAAACGCAUUCGCCAUUGCUGUGGUGGGAUACGGCAUAACCAUUUCAUUGGGAAAAGUAUUCGCCACUAAGCAUGGUUACAAAGUGGACAGCAACCAGGAACUGAUAGCCAUCGGGGUCAGUAAUUUGGUGGGGAGCUUUUUCCAAUGCUUCGCCAUCAGUGCCUCUGUGUCCCGGUCUGGUGUUCAAGAAAGUACUGGAGGCAACAGCCAGGUAGCCAGUGCUAUAGCUUCAUUUGUAGUCUUCGUCAUCAUUCUCCGGGCUGGGGAACUCUUCCAAGAUCUACCAAAGGCCGUAUUAGCUGCUAUCAUUGUAGUCAAUUUAAAGGGGAUGUUUAAACAAUUCUCUGAAGUCGGGGUCCUGUGGAAAACCAAUAAAAUUGAUCUGAUAGUCUGGAUGGUGACUUUUGCAGCAACAAUUCUGCUAAACAUGGACAUUGGCCUGGCUGUUGCUGUGGCGUUCUCCUUACUGACCAUCAUCUUUAGGACCCAGCUAUCUAAUUACGCAAUCCUGGGUCAAGUUUAUGACAUGGGUGUUUACAGGGACGUGUCAAGGUGUCAGCAGGCCCACGAGGUACCAGGGAUAAAAAUCUUCCAUUCCUCAUCCACGGUGUUCUAUGCCAAUGCAGAGCAGUAUACAGAGGCGCUUUACCAACAGUGCGGCCUGGAUGUUGAAAAACUGAUUGAGAAGAAAAUAAAAGCUAUAAAGAAACGCAAGAGAAAAGAGGAGAAGGUUAUGAAGAAGGCUGAUAAGAAUAAUGAACCCACCAAACUGGUCACAGGACGUGACAACAUCGCCUUUGAUCACCUUGACCUUGGAAAACUUGAAUACGAUACAGAAGAGCAGAACAAGGAGCAGGAUAUGACCGAAGGAUCCAUUAUUGUGGUACCGGGCCAUGCAACAAACAAAGAGACGGGCGGAAAGAACACCCUUCAGUCACUAGGCCUGGAGAAACCACGUUUCCACUCCCUAAUACUGGACUUCUCUGCGGUCAACUUUGUAGAUACCGUCUGCCUCAAAAUGUUAAGACAAAUUUAUAGGAAUUUUGCUGAAAUUGAAGUGGACGUCUACCUUGUGGGUUGCAAUGCAAGAGUGAUGACAGGGCUGGAGGACGGCAAAUUGUUCAAUGAAAUAAUCACAAAGUCUCAAGUCUUCCCCUCCAUCCACGAUGCAGUCACUUAUCUGACUUCGGACCAUGACCACAUCUCUGUGUCGGAUAUACACGGAGAUCGAGACACCAGACUGUAAACUGGACGGAUGCUGAAUGGGGCAAAUCAACAGGAUGAGGAUGCACAAUUACCAAAGAAAUAAAAAAAGUUU